AUGUCCCGGCCCGUCCGGACCUCGGAGUUCCGGCGCCGGAUGGGUUUAGCCGAGUUUACUCCGCCGGCCAGCAGCCAUCAGAUCAAAGCUCCCAACGUCGAGAUGUGCGGAAACCAUCCCGAGUAUCCUCAGCGGACAGAGACGGUCAAUCACCCGCUCCUGCCCAGAAUCACUGACACCCGCUUGGACAGGUUCUUCACGGGCGCGUAUGCAUCGCAGCAUCUCGACGAGUGUCUCGCUCGAGCGCGUUUCUCCGGUUCCCCGCACGUCAAGUUGACAGUCUGGUCGGCCCCAAAUGGAGGCAAGCCGUCCUUCGAUGAAGCUAUCCGCAGCUUGAGCGAGGCAGAGGAGCAAGAGAUUGGCGUUGGCUUUGUCUUUGGGCUCAGCUGGACGAACCACUGGGUCAAGUGCGAGCUGAGUAUCCCGGAGGGCAUGCGGAAUACAGGGGAGCAGGUGAUCUUCGAGUUCGACCCGUCUUGCGAGGCAAUGGUCUAUAGCACUGAUGGUACUCCUAUACAUGGCAUCACUGGAGGUCCCAACACCAUGAAGGAUGGCUCGCCUGGAGAGCAAGAGGACAGGCGCGUUGAGCACAUUAUCCCAGCCAAGGCCGUCAAGGCGGGCAAGUAUACCUGCUACGUCGAGGUCACCUGCAACGGGAUGUUUGGUCUUGGGCCUUCUCGCUAUCUGCAUCCCGACGCCAACCGCACUUUCCCGCUCAUCUCUGCCGAUAUUGUCCUCCCAAAUCCCCACGCACGCGGUCUUCGCACCGACUUCCGCAUCCUCGCGGAGGUGUCUCGUCACCCGUCCGCCAAGGCGACAGGUCUCGCUCAGAAGGCCCUCAAGGCAUGUGACGACAUUAUGAAUGCGUUCAUUCGGGGCGAGGGACAGACGGCGGAAGAGCUGGACGAGGUGCUGCAGAGGUGUCGCAGGAUCGGGUGGAAGGUUCUGGGGAAGCUUGGCAAGGAGGAGGUACAGUCACUGGCGGUCUGGAAGACGGAGAAGGAUCGACCUGCAGAGAUCUGGGCUAUCGGACACUGUCACAUUGAUACAGCUUGGCUCUGGCGGUAUACCCAUACUCAGCAGAAGAUCGCUCGAAGCUGGACCUCUCAAGUCGACCUCAUGGACCGCUUUCCCGGCCACCAGUUCGCCGCGUCCUCCGCCGUGCAGUACCACUGGCUCGAGACGCUCUACCCGAAAGCAUUCGCUCGUGUUGCAGACUACGUCAAGAAGGGUCGCUUCCACGCCGUUGGCGGCGCUUGGCUCGAACAUGACUGCAUGAUGCCAUCGGGCGAGUCGCUUAUCCGCCACUACCUCUACGGCCAGCGGUACUUCAAGGAGAAGUUUGGGGUGGUCUGCAGGGAAGCCUUCUUGCCGGAUACGUUCGGGUAUGCCAGUCAGCUUCCUCAGAUCUUGCGGUCUGCUGGUUUGAACUACUUCUUCACGCAAAAGAUCAGCUGGAACAAUAUCAACGUCUUCCCGUACAACACCUUCAACUGGGCCGGCAUCGACGGGACUCAAGUCUUGGCUCACAUGACCCCGGUGGAUGGAUAUAACGGACAGUGCACCUUCGGCGAGAUCAUCAAGGGCAUCCAGAACAACAAAAACUUGGGCGUGACCGACCAGUGCCUCUUCCUGUUCGGUAACGGGGAUGGUGGAGGUGGACCCACCCCUGCCAUGAUCGAUCGGCUCGAACGCCUUGACUCGCUCGCGCGGACCAACCCCGGCGUUCCCACCCUCAAGAUCGGCAGCCCUAUCGACUUCUUUGACGAUCUCUGCAGGCAGAGUGAAGGCGGGAAGACCCUCCCGACAUGGAGAGGGGAGCUGUACUUGGAGCUCCAUCGCGGUACCUACACCACCCAAGCCUGCAUCAAAAAGGGAAACCGAGACAUGGAGACGCUACUGCGGGACCUGGAGUAUUUCGCUACACUGGCUUCGCUGGCUGCAGGGAGCUAUGAGUACCCAACAACGGAGAUCCGCGAGAUCUGGCAGGAGAUGAUGCUCGGCCAGUUCCACGACUGCCUCCCAGGUACCACCAUCAAGGCCGUCGUGGAGGACAACCUCGAAAUCUACUCGCGUCGCAGCGAUCAGGCUCGCAAGCUUCUCGACUCUGCCUUGGCCGUCCUCCGCACUGGGGAGGAGGGUACCACUGUCAUCGAGCCCCUCCGUCUGGCACGUGAGGAGGUCCACGAGUCGGCACCUGGGCAAUACAAAUGGCUCAGCACCAAUGCAUCCGGCCUCGGUGCGCUGUCGUCCCCCUCCGACCUUACUCUGCCCUCGGCCGCUUCAGACGGCAGCACCUACACCGUCUCCAACGCUCGGUACACGGUCACCCUUUCCUCCAAGCGCAUCACGUCCAUCUUCGACAAGCUCAACUCUCGCGAAAUCAUCGCUCCUGGAGUCGGAACCAGCUCGGCAGGGUUCAUGAUCUACGAAGACUAUCCUCUUACAUACGAUGCCUGGGACGCAGAGAUUUACCAUCUCCAGAUGGGCAAGGAGGUUGAGUUUGACAAGGUCGAAGUCAAGGAGGAGGGAGGCAUGAGGGCUAGCCUGGUUGCUAGCGUGAACUUUGGGAAAUCUUCCGCCAAACUCAUUAUCUCACUUGACGCCACCACGCCUAGUACUGUCGCAUCCACGCCCAUCCACGUCGUGGCCGAGAUUGACUGGCGCGAGCAGCACCGCUUCCUCAAGUUCGCCCUUCCCCUUGACAUCCACUCGGCUUAUGCAACCUACGGGACUCAAUUCGGCGUGAUUGAGCGCCCUACGCACCGGAACACCACCAUUGACCAGGCCAAGUUUGAGGUCUGCGCUCAUGGUUUCGCCGAUCUCAGUGAGGCGGGCUAUGGUGUGGCGAUCGCUUGUCGGGACAAGUACGGCUACGCAGUAGAGGGAAAUACCAUGCGACUGUCGCUGGUCCGCGCUCCCACUUCGCCCGAUCCCGAAACAGACCAAGGUUACCACUCUAUCCCCUUCGCGAUCAUGCCCCACGCUCGUCAUGUCGCAGAGAGCGAUAUCGUUCAGCAGACUUUGCGAUACACCAACCAGCCGUACAUCCUUCCUGGGUCAUACUCUCUCCCCACAGUCACCGUUUCUGGCGACGCUAGCUCAGGUAUCGUUGUCGAGACUAUCAAGCGCGGAGAGGACGAUGAGGCGACAGGCACUAAGACGGUGCUGUUGCGGCUGUACGAGAGCAAGGGCGGUCGUGCGAGAGGCGUGUUGAAUCUUGCGGACUUCAAGGUGAAAGAGGCGGAAUGGGCGAACGUCCUGGAGCAGACACUGGAGGGUGACGAAGGCAAGUGCGAGGUGACUGAGAGUCAAGGAGCCUGGUCGGUUGCAUUGGACAUGCGGUCCUUCGAGAUCAGGACGUUGCGGCUGGUCGUAGAGUAA